AUGUUUACUCCGUUGAUGGCGUCGGCUGCGGGCUACGCGGCCACGGCGUACUUUUAUAACCUGGGGCGCUUCAAGUUUGAUGCCGAGCAACGACAGGAUUGCAUCUAUCAGAUCCAAAACAUGCGCCUAGCACAGUGGGGUCUCUUUCGGGAAGAUGUACGUGAUGUGUUCUCCCUGUCGCAAUCCAAUAUGGACAACUACAUCUUGGUGGGUGCCCUCAUUGUGACAGCGGUCAUGAACUUUAUCUUCGUGGGCUAUCCCGCCUUCCCACUGGAGCCGCGCUGGCUGUUGCUCUUGUGGAACAACUGCGUCUUCGCGUGCAUCACCUUUGGUCCCGUGGCAGAGUGA